AUGGUGCCUGUGAAAAAACUUGUGGCAAAGGGGGGGCAAAAAAACCCCGAGCAGGUUCUGAAGUUUACCCUUGACCGCCCCCGCUCUGUAGAAGAUGGAAUCACGGACGCUGCCAAUGUUGAGCCGUUUCUUCAAGAGAGGAUCCCAGCGCAUGGCAAACCUGGGAAUCUCGGUGGAAGGGUUGUAACCACUGAAAGGAACAAGAGCAGGAUCGCUGUAACUUCUGAGCUGCUUUUUUCCCCCAAAAGAUCUUUGAAACCUCUCACCAAACACUAUUUGAAGGAGAGUCCACGUGAUUGGCUGUGCACAGCUGCUAACUGCAAGGAGAACCAGGACUGGUGUUACUUCCAGAUUAACCAGGAUGAGGAAGGCGAGGAGAUGAGGAUUCACACUCAUUUAUCAGGAAUAUUUUGUAUGAGUUCUUGA